UCUGUCUCCGGGACAUCAGGGGAGGCACGAGUUUGCUCUAGGAGUAAUCAGUUUCGGACUCGUAGUGGAACCAAGCGCUUGGGUCCCCGAUGCUGCACAAAUCACGGCGACCCCCGGUGGAGAUGAAGGCGGACUCCGAUUGGCUCUGAUUUUUAAAAGCCCUUUUCAUUCAGGAGGUUGCCCAUUAUCAACAUGGCUGAGCCUUCGGCCCCAGUACCCUCUGCAAAAAUGGCGUCACUUAGCCGGGUUCGAGCUCUGACGAUGAUUUUCUUAACUGUCAGCGGUUGUUUGGUCACCUCGACAAGUGGCAAGGAAGGCGGGGUAGAGUCGGACACGGUUAUCAUCGGGCUCCGGUUGGAGGACACGGACGACAUUUCCUUUAUGGAUAGGGGCUAUCUACGGGUGAGUGAACGGUCUCGUGUCAAAUUGAGGGUCUACGGGCAAAACAUAAACAACGAGACCUGGUCCAAAAUUGCAUUUACGGAACACGAGCAGAUCCGACCAGUCGGGGACAUCGACAGCUUAUCGGGGGACAACGGGAGCAAAGAGGAUACGUCCGCGCAUCCCUGCGGUAUCAGGACCUCGGAUAUAAUCAUCUUGCCCAACAUCAUUCUAAGUCGCAGGACGUCGGGAGUAGUUGAAAUCGAGGUCAAACCCCUUCGAAAAACUGAGAGGAGUAAAUCCUAUUACCUGUGCAUCGCCACCUCGACACCUGCCCAUCACGCCGCCGGCCUGCACGACCCAUGGACCGAAAACACCUGGAUUUACCACGACGGAGAUGACACGAAAGUGAUAGUUGUGGAGGAGAAGAGGUUUCUGCUCCCCUUCUGGCUUCAAGUCAUCUUUAUUUCCAUGUUGCUGUGUCUGUCAGGCAUGUUCAGCGGGUUGAACUUGGGACUGAUGGCACUGGACCCAAUGGAGCUCCAAAUAGUUCAGAAUUGUGGCACAGAGAUGGAGAAGAAUUAUGCCAAAAAGAUAGAGCCAGUUAGGAGCCAAGGGAAUUACCUGCUUUGCUCACUUCUCCUAGGCAACGUGCUCGUCAAUACAACUCUAACUAUCUUAUUUGAUGAUAUUGCAGGUUCUGGGCUGAUAGCUGUGGUGAUGUCAACUAUUGGAAUUGUCAUCUUUGGAGAGAUUGUCCCUCAAGCCAUAUGCUCAAGACAUGGCCUUGCCGUUGGAGCCAACACCAUUUUCCUCACCAAGUUUUUCAUGCUGCUCACCUUCCCUGCGUCAUACCCAGUGAGCAAACUUCUAGAUUACCUUUUGGGCCAAGAGAUAGGCACUGUGUACAACCGCGAGAAGCUUUUGGAGAUGCUCAGAGUCACGGAUCCGUACAAUGAUCUGGUCAAAGAGGAGUUGAACAUCAUUCAGGGCGCCUUGGAACUGCGGACUAAGACUGUGGAGGACGUGAUGACCCCGCUAAGAGAUUGUUUUAUGAUUCCAGGUGAUGCUAUCCUCGACUUCAACACCAUGUCUGAAAUUAUGGAGAGCGGCUACACGCGCAUCCCUGUGUUCGAGGGCGAGAGGUCCAACAUUGUGGAUCUAUUGUUCGUGAAGGACCUGGCGUUUGUUGACCCAGAUGAUUCUACGCCGCUGAAAACCAUCACUAAGUUUUACAGCCAUCAGCUGCAUUUUGUGUUCAAUGACACCAGGCUGGAUGCCAUGCUGGAGGAGUUCAAGAAAGGUAAAUCCCACCUGGCCAUAGUUCAGAGGGUGAACAACGAGGGUGAGGGGGACCCCUUCUACGAGGUCCUGGGCAUCGUCACCCUGGAGGACAUAAUCGAGGAAAUCAUCAAGUCAGAGAUCCUGGACGAGACAGACUUGUACACUGACAACAAAACGAAGAAGAAAAUCACCCAUCGUGAGCGGAAGCAGGAUUUCUCAGCCUUCAAGCCCAACGACAGUGAAAUGAAGGUUAAAAUAUCACCUCAGCUUCUGCUGGCAACCCUGCGUUACCUAGCAACAGAGGUGGAGUCAUUCGGGCCGGUGCAGAUGUCAGAGAAGAUCCUGCUGCGUCUGCUCAAACACCCCAACGUGAUCCAGGAGCUGAAGUAUGACGAGAAGAACAAGAGAGCACCGGAGCACUACCUCUUCCACAGGAACAAGCCUGUGGACUACUUCAUACUCAUCCUGCAGGGGAAGGUGGAGGUGGAGGCAGGGAAGGAAGGGAUGAAGUUUGAAGCAGGAGCGUUCUCCUCCUAUGGGAUGAUGGCUCUCACCACCUCUCCAGUCCCUCUCUCCCUGUCUCGUACCUUCGUUGUCAGUAGGGCUGAGUCCCUAGCAGGAUCUCCAGGUAUGAUAGUCCUCUCUUUCCUGUCUGCCUGCCUGCCUGCCUGCCUGUCAACCUGUCUGUCUGUCCAUCCCUCCCCCCUAUCUCUCCAUCUCUCCUCACAUCUAAUAUAACUCUUCCAUCUGUCUAUCACCCAUUGGGAUGAGUGUACACUUCACCUAAGCCUGGUAUUUACCGGUAUCAAAACUGCAUGAUGUGUUGUGGACAUAGGAAUGAAUUCUUUGAGAGAGGGAUUCUCUUGUGCGACAUAGCAAGAAUACUUUGAGCAUUGUUUGUUACAUGUUUGUGUAUUAAAUGCAUUUUCUACUUACUCUGUCCUUACGUUUGCUUUGCAUAUUAAAUGUUGUUCUGCAUGGAUGUUUAACAAGGGAGGACGUACCUAUUGUUUUGGGCUCUGAAGGAUGUCUGUUACUGUGUACUGUGCAUGUGAAGCGUCCAUUCCUCUGUGUGUGUGUGUGUGUGUGUGUGUGUGUGUGUGUGUGUGUGUGUGUGUGUGUGUGUGUGUGUGUGUGUGUGUGUGUGUGUGUGUGUGUGAUAACCAGUACCAUAACUCAAGCCAGUGAAUAGUGUAGUAGGGGCCCCCAGAGUGAGGCAUAGCCGCCACUAGAGACAGGCUCCACCCCUCUAGUCCCUUAACCCUCUGACUCCAUAAACAAGGCUAUGAGUUACAGCCCCCAGCAGGGCCGCUGACUGCAGCACGCACACACACACACAAGCUGCAAGCACACACAUUCUGAAAACAUACACACAUACACACACAAACAGCUCAAGCCUCUGAUCCACCCCAUAUUUACUAAAUUCCCUCCUCCUUCUUUUCCCCCUUGUCCCACUCCACCCUCUUCCACUCCAUCCACUCCUCCAUCCCCUACCGUCCCCCGUCGGCCUCCUGAGAAAGUAGAGUACUAAUCUCCCAGGGUUCACUGGGCCUUGGACUACUGUGUGGGUCUGGGGACCACAUCCAAACCCAGGAUUACAUACAUUCCAGCCAGAGUAGUGAGCAUUAACGCCCCCGUCCUCUGCAAGCCCACGUCUUUUCCACUUUGUUGUGUGGUUUUCCUCUCGUCUGCUUUUUAAGGAGUGGAAAACAUAAGCUGAGUUUAAUUAAAAUAAAGAGAAAGUAUUCUAAUUUGAGAAGUGGGAAAAAAAGCUACGUCACUCUAGACCACCGACUCAAAACCUGUGAAGCAAAGCCCACCGGCCCCUAAUGGGAGGACUUCAAAUAUAUAUUACAUUUCCAUACAUUGCACCAAGGAUUCUUGGCCUAUAUGUUACCUAAUCAUUCAAUUAAAGAAAUAGCUUUUCAUUCUGUGUAGAAUUCAGUAAAUAGAUGAUGCACAAUCAGGUUGUGUAGAUGGAGAUUAGAUGACAAACAUAAAUCAUGCAAAGCUAUGGCUAGGUACAGCAGUACAGCUAUAACUGAUUGUGGAUUCCGUAUACACGGUCUGUGUGACAUGUUCUGUGGGUUCUGCUUUUACUCUGUUCUCUAUUCUGUUCUCAGAUCAGGGCUGGGGUCAAUUCCAUUUCAAUUCCAGGUCUCUUCAAUGCUUUUCAAUGAGGAAAAUGUAGAAUUGGAUAUUGGAAUUUGGGUUACGUUCUGAAUCGACUUUUAUAGACACGGGAUCGACCCCAACCCCAGAUGUGUAUUUGCUGUGAACAGAAGCCGAAAACGUCUAUUCUUCUCUAACCUGUGCAGAGAACAAGUCCCCCCCGCGGCCGUUUGGCCUGAACCACUCAGACUCCCUGAACCGGAGUGACCGCAUCGAUGCCAUCACACCCACGCUGGGGAG